CAGAAAAGAGGUUAUUUGUCUCGGAAAGGAAACAAUGUCUAGCGUUAAGAGAAAUAGCAAGAAGAACACUGAUAGCAUCAACAACAAGCUUCAGUUGGUUGUCCGAAGUGGAAAGCUUCAGCUCGGAUACAAGUCUGUUCUGAAGAGCCUUCGUUCUGGAAAGGCGAAGCUAAUUCUCCUGGCCAGCAACUGCUCUCCUCUGAGAAAGUCUGAGAUUGAGUACUACGCCAUGCUCUCCAAGACCACUGUCCACCACUACCAGGGUGACUGCAGCGAUCUCGGCACUGCUUGCGGAAAGUACUUCUCGACCUCGGCCGUGUGCAUUCUUGAUGCUGGUGACUCUGAUAUUCUUCGCUCCUUUGAGAUGUAAUUAAAGUCAGUCGAAUACCUCUAA